AUGUUCUCUAAUAUGAGUGAUGACAUAUCAAUAGAAAGUAGUUACUUAAAAAACAUUUUUAAAAGCACAGACAAAAAAAUAAAAUUAUUUAAAUUAUAUUUAGAGAAAAAGUUAAACAUUAAUUCGUAUUCGCUUGGGGAAUUUUCUCUUAAACAUGAUGAAAAAUUUAGACGAAUAUUUUUUUCCAAUAUACUAAAAGAGCAUAUAAUAACAAAAAGGAAAAAAGAUAGAUUAUAUAUAGUCAAUGAAGUAGUUAUAAAUAAAGACUUUUUUCAAAACUAUUUUUAUUUUCAAUAUUUUUUACAAAAUGUUUUAUUAUUUGAAGAUUUACGAUUAAAAAAAAUAGAAAAUAAUUUAAACAAAGAUGUUUUUUUUAAAGAAAAAAAAUCAUCUUUAAUUAACUGGAAGCAAUGCUUUAGUCAUAUAAAAAAAAAGUUAAAUGAAAAAGGAGUGGACAAAAAAAGUAAAAUUUAUAAAAAUUCAGUCUUAUUGUUUAAUUCAACCAAAUUUUCAUAUGAAGAUCAAAAUUGUUGUGAUUAUUUUUAUAGUCUAAAAGUAUGGGAUAUUUUUUUUAACUACGUUUCCUUUGAUUUUUUAAACUAUUUGUUGUCUAACACCCUUAUAUUUAUAUCCGACUUUUUUUUUAUUAAUUCAAAUGAAUUACUUCCAAUUCAAACUUCCUUUUUUAUUACACUAAGCCACAUUGAGUUAAAAUGGAAAGGCAAUAAAGAAUUAGAGAAAAAAAUUAUUUUAAAAAAAAAAAAAUUAUUUUAUAACACAAAACAGAUCAAAAUAAUUUAUAAAAGCAAUUCUACACAAAAUGUAAAUAUUCAGAAAAAAAAUACAAAUCAAACACAUCUUACUAAGGAACCUGAAACAACUGAAACUACAAAUUUGGUAUCUCAAAAAAAUAACAGUGAUAUACAUGCCCCAAAUGAAAGAGAUAAUAAUAUGACAAUUUUGAAUAAUUCUAAAAAUAAAAGAGUUAAUGAAAAAAGGGAUAAUGAAAUAGAUAAUAUGAGAAAAUCUAAGAAAAUAAAAACUUUUCAUAAUAGUAUUGAAAUAAAAGAAAGCAAGUCAUUAAUGUGUUCAGAAAAAUAUAUAGACAAACUAAAACAUUUGAAAAAAAUAUAUAAAUAUUUGCUUAAAAAAAAAAGUAAUAAAACUUAUUUUAAAAUUCAUGAUAGUCAUUCAUAUAUAAGGUAUUUGUAUUUAAUUCAAUGCAGUGGAGGAAUUUUGAAAAAUGAUUGUUUAGAAGAAAUGAAAGAAAUCAUAAAAAAGAAAAAAGAAAUACUUAGAAACGAGAAAAAAAACAAAAAUAUCCAAAAUCAUAUAAUAAAAGUUAUUAAGAAAGAUCAAAUAAUAGAAAUUGAAAACAACGGAUUACACAAAAUUGAUACAAAUCAAAAAAUAGAAAUAAAAAAAAAAAAACUGCCAAAUAUUUAUUUCUUUCAUAAUAAUGAUAAAAAUGAAAAUAGACAUUUUAAUAAUGUUACUGAUAGUUUGAAUAUGUGUGAUUAUGAAAUGGGUACUGAAAAAGAGACUAAAAUGUUAAACGAUAAAAAAAAAUGGAAUAAAAUAAUAAUUAACAGAAACAACAUUUUACAACAUAAUACUACGAAUAAAUAUAAAAACUUUUUAUUUAAUAAAAAUAUGAUUUUUGAUAAAUUAGAAAAUUUGCCUUUAUUUAUUUAUCAUUUAUUAAACUAUAUUUGUACAUCAAAUCAAAAAUACUUUUUUCAUAAUAAUUUUAUAGAUGAAUAUAAGCAAAAAAUACUAAAACAAAUUAAAUGUAAUACAAAAAAAAACGACAUUUCUCAUUUCGUGUAUAAAAAGGAAAAUACAAAAACAUGUAAUGUAGUCAAAGAAGGUAAUAAUAAUAAGGAAAAAAAUAUUUAUUUUCGGAUUAAAAAAACGAAAAUACUUAAGUAUAUCUACUACCAUUUUUCUGAAUUUUUAAAUAAUGUCAGGAAUACAAAAUUUGAAAAAAUUUAUAAUAAGCAUUUUCCUAAAAAAAUAAUGAAAAACAAGAUAGCAAAAAUAUUUAAGACAAUAAAAUCGAUUAUAAUAAAAAAAUUUCAUAUUAUUAAUGUAAGAAAAAAUAGAAAAUUUAUCAAACAAAAAAUAUAUGAUUAUUUUUUUAAAAAUUGUGAUUUUCUUAGUUUUUCCUUUAAAACUUAUAAAGUUAUUGAUUUUAUUGUGCAUGUUACAAAAAAGUGUGUGCCUGUUAAACUGUUAGGUAGUAGAUAUAAUUUCAAAAUUUUUUUAAAUAAUGUCAAAAAAUUUAUAUUAUUGAAUUAUAAAGAAAGUUUUUCUAUGGAUCAAAUAAUGAAACAUGUAAAGGUUAAAAACAUUUUUAAAAAACAGAAAAAUAAUAUAGAAAAAAGGAAAAAUGCAGACAAAAAUAAAAAAAAUAUACCAGAUAAAUCAAAUAUUAUUACACCACUGAGCAACAUUUUAAUGGAACCAUUUCAAAAAGAUAUUUCAAAAUGCUCUAGUUAUAAUUUAUAUGAACAUAAAAAAACAAAUGAUGAUAAACAAAAUCGAUUUAUGAACUAUUCAUCAAAAAAUAUAUCUUUGUUUCAAGAAUUAAAAAGAAAAUACUUUGAUAAAAAAAAAAAAAUAAUUUUAGCCAUUCAAAAAAGACAUUUUUUGAGUAGACUUAUAUAUUUUAUUUUUAAUUAUUUCAUUAUGCCAUUAAUGAGAAAUUUUUUUUUUUUGACAAAGUCAGAGCAUACUAUUUAUAGAACUAUUAUUUUCGAUAGAAAACUAUGGAACUACUUUACAAAAAUUUCAAAUUUUUGUUUAUAUCAUCAAAACUUUCGAAAUAAAAAAAUUAAAAAAAUAAAAGAAACCAAACCAAAGCAAGUUCAUCAAUUAUUGAAAAAGCAGGGCAUAGAACAACAUCUCAAUCGAUUUAAGCUUUUAAAAAAAAAAAAAAAUAUAUCAUUCAAAGGAAACAAUAGCAUUCAUUUUGUUAAAUCUAUAGGAAAUAAAGAAACAGGAAAAGAUAAACACACCAAAGAUACACUUUUUAAAGAUAAAAUAAUAAAAAAAGGAAGCACCAUAAUGUGUAAAGAAGUUGGAAAGGUAAAAAAAGAAAAAAAGGAAAGAAUGCCUGAAUGUAAAAAAAUAAAUAAUUUAUACAAAAUAAAAGUUCUUAACAAAAAAAAUGUUAGACCUUAUUUAAAAAAGUUUUACUACAAAAUUCGAAAAAAAUAUUUUUCCUUAAAAAAAUACUAUAUUAAAACUAAUAAAAAUAUGAUUCCUACUAUGUUGAGAAAGUAUAAAGAGUAUAUCAAUUAUACGAAUGAUAAAAAAUUCCUUCUUAUAUAUAUGGGAAAACGUUUUUUCAAAAAAAAAAAAGUUAAUUAUAUUAAACUUUUCUAUAAACUGGUAAUCAAAAUUGAGAAGAAAAUUAAUAAAAUGCAAUGCAAAAACUCGGUAAAAAGGAAACGAAAAAUAAGUGAAAUUGAACAUAUGGAAAUCAAAUCGAAAAAACGGUCAGUAUCAUGUAUUGUUUCCAACCCUGAUCAGGUCCAUAACCAAAAGAAGCGAGGGGGAAGAGAACUGAAUACAAAAAUAAUAGGAAAAAGGAAACGGUCUGACAAUAAUAAUAACAACAAUAAUGGUAACAAUAAUAACAAUAAUAAUGGGGAAAAGAAUGUGCCUCAAAAUGCUGUUUUUUCAGAUAACAAAAUAAAUAUGAAAAAAAUAUAUAUGCACAAAAUAAAGAAUAUGAUCGAAAAACGUAAUUUUUUACUAAAGCUUAAUUGUAUUAAUAAUUUUUUUUCAAAAAAAUUACGAAUUAAUUGGAUACCUAAAAAAAAAGGAUUAAGACCUUUGAUAAAUUUAUCAACAUUGAACAUUCCUGAAAGUGUAAAAGCCAGAGUCACAGAAAUAUUAAAAAACAAAAAAAGCAGUGAAUUUUAUUAUCAUAAUAUAUUAGAAAAUUUAGAAAGAAAAAGGGAAAAGAAUAACCCUCUUCGAAAAAAAAAAUAUAAUCGAAAAAAUUAUAAUCCAGUCUCUUUAAAUAAUAUUUGUAAAUUUUCUCUUAAAUGUUUAGGAAAUGCUAGAAGCAAUAAUAGUUGUUUAUUUAAAAAUACUUUGACAAAAACAAAUGAAAUUGAAUUAAAGCUAAAAAACUGGUUAGAAGAUAUAAAAAAUUGUUUUUAUCGUAAAAAAAUUUAUAGAAAAUAUAUAAAAAAUAAAUUACGGAAUAACAAAAUAAUUUAUGCAUAUAUAUGUGUUGGUGAUUUUUCAAAUUGCUAUGAGCACAUAAAUCAUAAUUAUUUAUUUAAAUUUUUGAAACUUUUUUUUGAUGAAGUAUCAAAUUUUGAAUUUGUAUAUUUAUUUAAAAGAUCAUUUCGUUUAUAUAAUAAAACUAUCAACAAUUCACUCCUGUCUUAUUAUCCAGUAAAUGUUAAACAUUUUGGUAUGCAUUAUAUUAGAAAUCUUAGAGAAGUUAUAAUUAAAUCAAAUAAAAAUACAAUACAUAAUUUUUUAUUAAAGCAAUUAUUUAAAAAUGCUUCGAACACAGAUUUGUAUAUUUUCUCAGAUUCUUAUAAAAGUGUUCAAGUUGAAAAAAGAGAUAUUUUUAUGACAAUAAUAACGAUUAUUAGAUAUUACUACCUUAAUAUAUAUUUUAGCAUAAAAGAGUUAAAAUUAAAUAAAAAUAAUAUUUUUUAUUUUCAAAUAUUUCAAAAAAAUAGCAAAAUAAAAAAUAAUGUUUAUUUUAAAUUAAAAAACCAAAAAAUAUUUCAAACAAUUCAGCAAUUUCGCCAAAGCAAACUUUCGCCUCUUGAAUCAAUUGAAAAAAAUACCCCAAAUAAUAAGUUAGAAAAAAAUGAUAAAAAUAACAAAAUUGAAAAAUCGGCACAUAGGAAAUUAAAUAAUUCGAUAAACGAUUCUAUUAUUAAACCUAUUUCAGAAUUAAAUAAAGAGUCCAAAGCAAAUGAUAUAAAUAGUUCUUUCCCAUUUAGAAGUAAUAGUACAUGUAUUUCUGCAAGUGCCGAAAAUGGAAGUCAAUGUUUUGGGAGUAUACUAAAUAACAAUAUAAAUAAUAAUAUGAAAAAUAACAUGAUUAAAAUUAGUGACAAUAUUAACAAUACUCCAGAUAUUGUAGAGCAUAAUAUUAAAAAAGAAAAUAAUUUAGUUAUUUUACAAAAUGAUAGAGAAAGAGCAUUACCUAUUUCUCAGUCUAACGAAUCAUUUAAUUUAGGUGAUAAAAUAGAAACAAAUAAAAUAUAUCCCGAAAAAAAGAUUUUAACAUUUUUAGAUAAAAACAUUAUUAGUAAUAUAUGCGGACUACCACAAGGAUUUAGUUUGUCUAAUAUUUUAUGUUCUCUUUAUUAUGCAUAUUUAGAUAAAAAUAAAGAAUUUCAAAAUAUUUUAUGUGCAGAAAGAAAAGAAAGUGACAAAAAAAAUAAUUCGAUAAAUAAAAAUAUAUAUUGUAACCCUUUAAAUACCAAUUCAUUAUUGAUCAGAUUUAUAGACGAUUUUUUAUUUAGUACACUUAAUAAAAAAAAUAUUAAAACAUUUAAAAAUUUAUUAUUAAAAAGAAAAAUUUGGGGAGAAAAUAUUAAUUCGUCGAAAACUAAAAUAUUUAAAAUACCUCUUAUUUAUAAAAGUGAUUUAUUUAUUUACAACAUCUGGGAUAAACAAAAUAAAGAAAAAAAAAAAAAAAAAAAAAAAUUGAAAAGAUUGUCUCGAAAUAUCUUUCUUAGAAAUACUAACAAAUUAUCAUCAAGAAAGUUGAAAAACUCUUUAUUAGCUGCAUAUAACUCGAAUACUAAUAUUUUAAAAGAUCACAAAAAUGAAGAAAUGUGUAAUUAUACAAAUUUACAAAAAUUGGAGAUAAACAGGGGCCAACCACAACAAGUUUGUAGUAAACCUAUAAAAAGAAAUUCACAUCCAAAAACAGUAGGAAAUGAAAAUAUUAAGACAAUUGCGAGCACACAAAAAAAUAAGGGGAAAAAAAGAAAAUUAAAAUUGAGAAAGAAUAAAUAUUCAAAAUUAACAAUAUGUCAAAUUAAAAAGGUAAUAAAAACACUAUGCAUAAAAAAGGUCAAAUUAAAAGAGAAAUCGCCUGAAAAAGGUCAUAAAAUUCAAAAACAUAUUAAAAGAUUAAAAAAAUUAAAAAAACUGAAAAUAAAAAAAAUGGAAAGAGAGGUAGGGGAAACAAAUUAUAUAAAUGCAGCUCGAUCUAUCAGAUCUAUUGAAUGGCUAAAUAAUUCAUAUAUUUUCGAUUUUGUAAAUAAUUCAAUCCAUAGUAUAUCAUAUCCUUGGAAAAAUAAAAAUGAUGCAACAAUUAGGAAUCAUAUACAUUUAAAUAAUAUAAUAGGAGAAAAGUGCAGUAAAAUAAGCUUUAUGAAAUUUUUAGUGGAAAAUAGAAUAAUGAGAAAUGUUAUAUCAAAACAAAAAAAAUAUAUAUCAUUAUAUAAAAAUAAACAAAAUGUAUAUUUUUGUUAUAAAAAUAAUUUCAUAUUAUUAAAAACAUCUAUAUUAAAAUUUAUUUGUUCUAUUAAAACAUUGAAGCAUAUGUUUAAUACAUUUUAUAAUCCGAUUUACAAUACAAAAUUUAUUUUACAUUUAAUUUCAUAUAUGAAAAAAUGUUUAAUAAAAAAUAAAAAUCUUAAAUUUGUUAAAUUGUUUUUAAUUGAAACAGCUAUUGAAUCAUUACAAUAUGCUAAGGUGUUUCACCCAAAUCAUUUUAUGUUUCGAUGUCUAAAAGUUCUUAAAAAAAUUAAAAAAAGAUUAAUAAAUAAAUAUAAAAAAAUUAAAAAAAAAAAAUUACUAAUUCAAUAUAGAAAUAUGUUUAAUGUUAUUAAAAGGGAGUUAUUUAAUUCCUGGCCAUGUAUGUUUAAAUUAAGGGAGGCUGUCGAAGGGCGAAAAAAAAACAAGUCCAAAAGGAGGAAAAUAGAAAAUAAAAAAAAUUAA